UUUUUCUUCAUCCAAAGUUUUUUUUAAGGGUCCUACAAGUUAAAAUCUUCCCUUACAUCUUGCAACUUCACAUCUAAAUUAUUCGAAGGAGCAUUUCUUUAUUUCAAAAGACUCUAUCACUAAAAUGCAUUCCCUUCGACGCGCAGCUGCUAGAGCAGCAUGCUCUUCAGCCUUUGCCGUCGCUGCCCCGCGCCAGCAGAUUGCUUCUUUUGCCAUGCAGAUUUGCAAGGCGAAUGCGCAGCCGGCUACCAUCAUGCCUCUAGCUCGUUAUUUCUCCCAGACAUCGCGGGUGGCCCAAGAUGAGGGUGAUCGGGCUGCUGUAGAAGAGGCUAUUGAAUCUGCUGGACGGACCGGUUCUACGGCCAACGAUCCGGAGGACCUUUCCAAUAAGAUCUUUAUCAGGAACCUUCCCUACGAGGCCACAGAUGAUCUUAUCAAGGAGGCGUUUAACAAGUAUGGAGAGAUCAUAGAUUUCCGCCUAGGCCGUGACCCCUCAGGCGCCAGUAAAGGCUACGGUUUCAUUACCUUCUCAACCGCUGAAGCAGCAACCCGCGCCAUUGAGGAAGCAGACAACUCGUUUUGGCAAGGUCGUCGCCUCUUUGUUCAGCCCAGGACGUCGCCUACUACUGCGCGACCUGUAUCAAAGGCUCCGGAAGAGCCGACAACCUCGUUAUACAUCGGUAACAUUCCAUACGAAACGUCCGAUGCCGAUCUGAACAACAUCUUCCGGGAUCUGGACGACGUUGUCAAUGUGCGCGUAGCUGUGGACCGCAAUACUGGCUGGCCUCGCGGUUUUGCCCAUGCUGAUUUCAAGACCCUGGAGAGCGCACAAAAGGCAUUCGAUAAGCUCCAGGGCUUUCAGCUAGGAGAGCGCACUCUACGCGUUGACUUCGCAAGCACUCGAACUGAAAAACCUCGAUCCACCUCAAACCGAGACCCGCGCAGAUAAGCGGGUUUCGAUAGGUGCGAUGCUUUUGCCUUCGGAUUGAUGGCUAUAAUCUCAUAUUCCGGAAAAGACUAUCGGUUGGACGAUGGGUUAUGUGAGAUGUGACCAGGAAGGCGUCAUGACAGAUGAGAGGUUCGAGGUGACAUGGAUCAGGCCUUACCAGCAGCUUUUCAUCUAUCAAAUGGAAAGAAAGCUAUUGUAUGUAACAACAUAAGUUCAAGUUCUUUUAAGAAGAACUGCCUCUAUCAAAUAUCGGUAGUUAGCACGAAACUGGGGUUCAUAGGGAACUGAAUGUACUAAAAAAAAAACUUCUCUCUGA